GGAAGGUAGGAUGAGCGCACAGCGCAGGGCACAGCCGCCGCCGUUGCCAUGGUUGCAGCGGGAUUGGCGCUGGAGGGCAGCUGAGGAGGCCGGGGGGCGCAGGAAGCGGAUGUACGUUAUACGCGUGGUCGCUGAACGGUGGAUGCAGCUUUUCCCGAUGAACAGAUGAAGCAUUUCUGCCCCCUUACACCCCCCUGCAAGUAGCGGAUUUACAGGAGUCAUUACGAUGCUGAUCCGGAACCUUCACAUCUACGGACUGACCUGACCACAGAAAGGGAAUGGACAUCAUUUUGUAGCAUUUAGCCGGAGAUCUAAAUCUAAGUUGACCCCACCGGAGGCAAUGAGUAGCGGGCAGGCGCCAUUGGCCGAGAAGGCCAUGUCGGAGGGAUACGCUAGACUCCGGUACAGGGACACCUCUCUGCUUAUCUGGCAGCAGCAGCAGCAGAAGCUCGAGACCGCCUCCCCUGGCACCUACCUGAACCGCAGCCAGAGCAUGUGGUACUCCCAGUACGGCAAUCAGUCCAUCUUAGUCCGCGAUAAAAACAGUAUUUCCAGAGACACCGGCCAAUCAAAGUUCUGCUCCCUGAUGUGACAGCGGAUGUACAGUUUUUAGCCAGAGCACUUUAAUGAGUCACGUGACCAGCAUAUAACGCCACAUUGUACUGUAUUGCACGCGGAUAUAAUACCGUACGGCUGGAGGGCGAGAUGUAGAUGGUAGAGGCUGGGGAUUACUACACGGCACAUUUCCGCAGUCGCACAUCACUCUCCUCCAGUGUUUCACAUAUCUAUUGGUUUACAUCAACUAUAUAUGAAUGUAAAGAAGUGAUUAUCUGAGACACUACAUCUGUGAUAGGAAUAUUCAUUUACAAGUGUUACCUUUUACUACAGUAUUUUCAGGUCCUCCGUAACAGCAAAUGCUUCAUCAGGAAUGCCAAUGAGGAGACGGACUAAAUGCACAAGAUCUGAUCUAUAGCACCAUUUGCCGGGCGGUGUCGGGAACACCCCUUCAUACAUGCAGUGGGGUGUGGUAUGGAGCAUUGACCAGAGUUAGGUCGACAACGGUUGAUCAACAGUGACCAGGUCAAAAGGUCGACAUAAGGUUUUUUUGGUGUCGUUUUCUCCAUACAGUGACCGGGAACCCCAAAUUAGUGCACCGUGUCCUCUCGCCAUGCUUCAGCUAAGAUUACUGUUCCCGAUUAUAGUCCACGUGGAUCAUAUAAAAAAAAAAAAAAAAAUAAGUGAAAAACUCAUAUGUUGACCUUGUGACCUGUCGACCUAAGCGUGGUCAACCUAGACACCAGAUCCCCGUGCAGCUGUAUCACGUGAACGCGCAUCAACCCGGAAUUUCUGCAUGUGUGAAAGGUAACAAUCCGAGACCAGGUUAUAGCGCUAAGACGCGGGAAUUUACCUGCUUGCUAGAUCCGCCAAACUCCCGGGUCACAUGUCUGAAAGCGGCAGAACAGGUUUAGAGGCGGUUUCUUCGCUUAAUUGUAAAUGGUUGCAGCCAAUCAGUUCACUAGAAAGGGGUGACAUUACUGCUGCAGCUAGUUUGUCACAUGCCCCAUCUCCUUUAGAUUGUAAGCUCAUAGGGACAGAGACCCCUUAAUCUCUUGGAUCUGGAUCGCUGCUGUCAUUUCCCUAUAGUGUAAUGUACUGCGUAAUGGGUCGGCGCUAUAUAAAUACUGGGAAUAAUAGAUAAGGGAAAGGACCCAGCGCAGUCAGAGUAGACAGUCUCGCCUCACCCUGAUCUGGUUCCUCCACUUUGUGCAGACGACAGGAACCUUGUAAAUAGGAGAUUGUGCUGAAACACCUCCCGUAUGGCUGCAAGCUACUGAGUGCACAGCGUGUAGCAAGUAACCAGCAGCACAGUAUCCGUUACAGCACGCGCUAUACCAGGAGGCACGGUACACGUGUGGCACACGCUGCAACCCUCGUCCCCCUUACAACAAACACUAAUUAUGGCUCGUGGCCAAGAAAAAAAACAAGGUCUGUAUUACACCCCCUGGUAGCAGCCGUCCAGCCUUCAUUUUUUCCAAAGACGGAGCAGAUGCUCAUCUCGUACCCUCAGGUUUAAUCCGUUGCACACAGUUGUUGCUGUAUCACACCCGUGCAGAACGGUCUAAGUUAUAAAGUGACAUGUUAUUAUAUUACAUCUACAGCGUAAGGGACUGCAGCAUACACGGUAAGGACGGUUGGUUGAUGGCAGCUCGGUACAGAUGGAUGAGUAUGGAGCAAUACUUUCUCCAUCUACAAUGCAUGAUAUUCCCUUCAUCUCUCAAACACAGGGGCAGAUGUAUUAACCUGGAGAAGGCAUAAGGAAGUGAUAAAC